AUGACGGCAACGGCGGCGCAGCCCCCGGCCCUGGCUGCAACGGGGCUGCACCCGCGCCCGGGGAGACAGCGGCGGGCGGCUCGCAAGGGGAAUUUAACUCUCCUGCCCCCUUCCUCCCCACCCCACACACCUCGUCCCUCCGCAGCCCCCUUUCACCCCUGCAGGGCCCUCGUAAGUGCUAUCAAAAUAGCCAAAUUCGUGAAAUCCAAGAAAGUGGUGCAAGUCAUGACCAAACAUUACUCAGAACACAAAUCAGUCAUUGUAAAGAACAUUCAUGACAACACCUUAGACCACCACUACAGCUUUGCCUUGGUGACCAGGAUUGACAGCUAUCCCCACAAAAUGACAACCAUCAUAGGCAAGAAGAAAAUUUCCAAGUGGUCAAAGAUCAAUUCUUUUGUGAAAGUUUAUAAAAACAAUUACUUCAUGCCUACCCGGUACUCCGUGAAUAUCCCCUUGGACAAAACCAUGCUCAACAAGGAUGACUGCAGAAUCCCUGCUCUGAAAUGCAAGGCCAAGAAAGAGGCUACAGUUAAGUUCGAGAAGAGAUACAAGACUGGCAAGAACAAAUGGUUCUUUCAGAAGCUGUGUUUUCAAAUGUAUCCAAUGAAAGGCUUGCUGAAAGCUUUGGAUCCUCAGCAGCUGCAGAUGUUUGUGACCACCUCAAAAAAACAUGCUAUAGGACCGGCUACUUGGUUCCUUGUUGGGAACAAUUUCCUUUAA